AAGCAGAGAUUCCUUUCAAAAAGUACUUUUGCAACUCGCUGUACAUAACACAAACGCCAAUGAUCCGUACCAAUUAAAUCUUAUAAUCGUACUGGGUACCUACAGUAGUUGAGUUGAUAAAAUUGCAUUAGCACUAAUUAAUCUCUUAAACAAAUUUUAUGAUGAAUCAGUGUAGGUACGAGUACGUUACUGGUUACGAGACGAUUUCGAAUCAUAUUUAUUUUAUCAGUCGUCUCAACAAAUUUCUAAUCACGUCUGGACUAUAAAUAAAUAAAAUAGGACAUGGCGCGCUUUCUAAACACAUUACAUAAGAAGCUUCCUAAAUAACAAUCCUUCGAUAUGUAUGAAAAUGAGUUGACGCUUGAAAAACGUCGUAUAGUUAAUUCUGGCAACACCGCCGCUGAGCUGUCAGGCACGCCUUGUCAAUUGUCAUUCAUCCAGUACCUCAUACGCACGAGCGUAGUGUCGCGAGCUAAUAUAAUUGAUUUUCGUCGUGUUUAAUCACAGUAACAAUGUUGUAUUAGUGUCCUAUCGUGUAUAAGAGGAGUGAACAAUAUGGCUUAUGAUAUAACGUGGAUUAUCCCGCGGCUGCGAAGCCCGGGACGGUUGUGGACGUGUGCGAGCUCUAUAACCGUGGCUGUUGUCGGACUCUUCAGCAAAUUUAUCGUAGAGUUCCUGAAUAAAACUACAGUGUACAAUAAAGAACAGUUGACAGCGGCUAUGAAGAGGCCUCCAGGAGUGCCGCUAAUAACAGUGUCCAACCACCACUCGUGCUUCGACGACCCCGGCCUCUGGGGCGUGCUAGACGCGGGAACGUUAGCCGGUUCCAUGGGUCGCCGAAUGCGAUGGUCAUUAGCAGCACAUGACAUUUGCUUCACGAACGCUCUGCACGCCGCUUUCUUCGCGCUCGGCAAGUGUGUGCCUGUCGAACGAGGAGCGGGAGUUUAUCAGCCUGCGAUCGACUUUUGCAUCGAGCGGCUGACGAGAGGCGAGUGGGUGCACAUCUUUCCUGAGGGACGAGUCAACGUCAAUAAGGAGCACAUCAGAUUCAAAUGGGGCGUGGGCCGAAUGAUAGCGGAGUGCGCGGAGGCGGGCCACGCGCCGCUCGUGUUGCCCAUCUGGCACGAGGGCAUGGACGGCGUGCUGCCCAACGCCGAGCCCUACCGGCUGCGCGCCGGCAACCGCGUGUGGCUGGCCGUCGGGCAGCCCGUGCCGCUCGCCAACCUGCUGGCCAGGUUAAAAGAAUCAAACGCGAGCGAAGAAGAGACGCGGCGAGCGAUCACAGAACGCGUCCAAAAUGAGCUGAUGCGACUGCGGAUGAAAACGCAUGAAGCACUCAAACGGGUGCUCGGCGUCGCACCUGCGUUACUGGCUGGCAGGACAGACAUCCUAACGCAGCCGACAGACACACACGGCGACGGCGAUUACGCACACAACCACACCAACGGGAAAGAGAAGGAGCCAGAAAGAGAAAAAGACAAGGACAUCUAGUUCCUUUACCUUAAGUGUACCGUGUAUGGAUUCUGUGGCUAUCGGGUCCUGCGAGAAAGGUUGCAUGCGAGUUUCUCCCCUUAGCCCUUUAAAGGCAGGUGUCAGGAAUUAUGCAAAAUCGAAUCCUAUCACUUUGAAAUAAAGUUCAUAAUCAGGUGGGAAAUACCCUUUACGCAGGUUUUAAACCUGGUAUGUAUGUAAGUACAUUAGGUUCACCAAGGCCAUUUACAUGGUACGAGUAUCUCGCCUCUGUCUUAACAGGGAACCUGAAGACCUGUGCACACCGGACGCGUGUGCGUAGACGCGCGUUGUAUUUCACAGAUCUUUAUUGGAGACGGCACACCGCUUGCGUGACGUGUGCGUGCACGGUUUCAACAUUCUAGUGCACGUCUACAGCUACAGCACAUGCAGCUUUGGCCUUUAUUGCAAAGCAAUAAAGUCCAUUGAGUGUCGCUGAUUGAGUUUGUCAAACGAUUUCGCCUCAAAGAAACUUGUAUCAAGUAAAUAAGUCUUUAAAGUGAUAAUGUUAAAGGAAAAUCUCAACGGACUCGAAAAUGCCUGUGGACAUUUGUCGCUCGAAAUGUUGAAAAUGAAAAGAUGAUGGAGCAUAAUUAAAUAUGCAAAAUAUUUCUAACCAAAAUAUGUAAUGGAGAAAGGGUAUGGAAACUUUAAAGUUACCAGCCAUAAUAUUUAGCUACGUAGAACCGGUCCACAAUGCUACCUACUUAUGUCUACUUUAUUUAAUCAUCAUUUCUCGGCUGGUCAAUGAAAUCGCUCAGAAAAAUCUAAGUUUUAUGGCUCUGGUUGUGGUCUGGUCUGGUCUAUCUCGGCUAUAGCAAACCAUUGCAUUUCCAUCCGUUAAAAUAAGAACCCUAAGCACGAAUAAUUUCGUACAUUGGCACGCCAUUUUCUAUCCAUCGCACGCAAUUAUAUUGCUGUCUCGCCGGUGAUGCAGCGGUCAAUGCCACUGUGUGAACGUUACAGUAAUAUACGGCGUGUCAACGUACGAAACUCCUUGUGCUUAGCGUCCUUACUGUGACAAAAGUAUGCAAAUUUUUCUGACAAAACGAGCGACAAACGACCAUAAUAGCGCGAUGCCUUCGAUACCGACUUUGACAGUGUAAUUAUUAUUUUGACAGCAAGAAAAAUGUGUCUCGAUUUUGACAGGAAAUGAAUUUAGCUAUCAAAUGUAAAUCAGGCAAAAAUGUCACAAACACUUAAAAAUACCGUAAGUUGUCUUACUUUUUAUAUCCAGUGAUACCUAUACCUACUGUCAAGGUUCUGUAAAGGAUCCUCUAUAAAACUAAUUAGUAGUAAUAAUUAACCAUAUCAAUUUUGUGCGGCAUCGCGCGAGUAAGAGAAUUUUGUACGAAACUUUACAUUGUUAACUUAUAGAUAGCAUGCGGUGUCUAAUGAUAUGUAUUGGUAAUUAAUAUUACCGACCAUUAAUUAAUAAUAGUGAAAUAAAAUUUAUUUUGUAUUUGUCAAAAAUACGAAUUUUAAAUAAUGAGUGGGCAAAGUUGGACUAGGGUGGGCAAAGUCGUACAUUUUUACUGUACUGACGCUUAGCAUGAACCAUGCCAGUUUUGUGUGUGACUAAUAUUAAUGCAGUGACAUUAAGCCAUUGGUGGCUUAACUUUUUUUUGUGUAAUGCCAUUAAUGUGUACAUAUCAUUAAACGACCGUGCAACCGGAAACGAUGCAAUAGUAGACGUUAUGUUAAGUAUUAUUAGGUAGGAAAUCGCUCGGCACGGGCCGUGCGAAGGCGUCGGUGCUGUUAUUAUGCUUAGAGUACAGUCAGCAGCAAAAGUAUAGUAAAAUAUAAAGUGUAGGUGCGGGCAAAGUUGCCAAAUACGAGUGUCUCAACUUUGUUCAAUAUUUUAACAUGUAAAAGUUGUGUAAGUCGUUGUCUAAGUACCCUCAACACAAGCCUUAUUGAGCUUACUGUGGGACUUAGUCAAUUUGUGUAAUAAUGUCCCAUAAUAUUUAUUUAUUUAUUUUUAUUUAUUUAAAAGUCUACCUCCACUAAGGCUUUUACAAAUUUGAAAUGGAUUAUUCUUAAAGCAAUAGAGGUGUCUGUCGAUCAUUUUAGGCACUUGUUCCGCACAUCACUUAUGUCGCUGACUGUAUGAAUGUUGUACGAAUUCUUCUUAAGGCUAUUUUUGUUAUUUGUACUUGUUUUGCUUACCUGUGAUGUGUAGGACUCGCGCAGUGGAAUCUUGUUACUUUGCUCCAAAUGAUUCUAGUAACCUAGGAAAACAGCAAAGGUAUUGAUCAAAAUAAUGACUAAUGAGUACAUAAUAAUAGUACAAUCGUAAAAAUUGUCAAAUAAAGAUAAUAUUUUUUUAUUUAUAUAAAUCAUGUUAAUUAAUAGUAAUUUGAUAGAUACCUUUUUCCUUCUAUAUCCUAUUGCUUAAUUUUUGUAUGUUUAUAUAGUGCAAUAAUAUCUGAUAAUUCUAGGCGGGCAUAAAAUAUAUGCGAAUGGAUUUGAUUACAAUGAUUGUCACAUCCUUACAAGUUGCUCUAUUUAUAUAUAACUUAUUGCAGGUGGUAAUCAUAAACGUAUGCCGUAACCCCUUUGGCUAAAGUAAGUUAGGUUAUCGGUAAUAGUGGGCAAAGUUGCAAGUUUCCCGGCAUCAGCGCCGACGCCGGUGUGUGUGCGUGAGUGGUGUUGUGUCGUGAUCGGUGUUAUCCGUGUGAGUAUCGUAGCCGUUCCGGCUGCCGUUCUCUAGUCUACACCAACGAAGUUACUGAUUGCAAUGUUAUCCCGUUUGGUGUUUUAUAUGACAUAGGAUUUGGCUAGUCGGACCAAGUUAACUCUCCGCUGACUAUGCAAUGACAGAGGUCAGUUUCAUCAUAAACGUCAAAUGACUGAAAUUAUUACGUGUAUAGCGACACAUCUUGUCGCGUCAUAGUCGAUGCAGAUUAAACUUAGACGGACUCCAUAGAUGUCUUCGCAAUAGAAGUGGGCAAAGUUGUAUUCAAACUAUUCAUGUUCUCGUCUUAUUAUGCUCUUUUCAAUUUAUUGCUUUCAUGAAAUUAAUAAAAAAAAAUAUUGAACUCAAGUAUGUGGAUAAGGUGUACUUACUGUAUACUCUUCUUAACCUCUCUUUGAAAUUUGUAUCAAAUUAUUUAUUCAAAUAACUUUUAUUAAAGCUCGUUACCUAUCCAGUUAGGUAUUAUUUAUUGAUAACUUCUAUUGCUAUCGAUAUAAUUUAACUGUCAUACAUAACACCAACAGGAAACUAUAGGAGUUUUUAUAAAAAUACUCUUCCUUUUUUAAUGUAUUUGCUAAAGGCAACGGUAAUAGAGUAAAACGGCGGCCCAUUUCAAGCGUAACAACAUAUUUUGUAAAACAUUUUUAAACUAUUUUCUACAAAAGUUUACCCAUAUAGUGUAGAUAUUACACUUGUAUCAUGUGCAGUUACUGCGAAAAUGUUGGGUAAUGCUGCCCGAUUUAAUUGAAAAUUGAACAAAUAUUUGUAUAAAUGUUGAUGACAUUUCAUACACGGCUGCUGAAUUUUAAGCGUCCAAAGGACGUCUAAUGUUCAACGUUUUCGUAAGUUGACUGUACUAUCGGCCGCCAUAUUAAAUGUCUGCACCAAAGACCUUUUAUAGCCAAUUAUAUCGAACCGUUUUAAAAUAUAUUCUACCACGUUUUUUUCAAAUUAUUAAAAAUCAUGUAAAUAACGAUUGAUAUGUUUGAAUCUUAUUUAAAUUUUAGACGUAGGGCUUGACAGUCGAACGGCAUUCCUAUUUGAGUGACACAAUUGUAUGCCUCGGGAGGCAUUUUUAAGUUUAAAAAGCACGCAUUUGGGUUAAAAUUAUUUUAUCGUUGUCUUGUUUCUGACCACUUUUUCGCGCUUGGAUUUGUGUUUUCUAUCAAAUAAAAAAAUAAAAAAACGAGUGCUAUUGUAUGUCUUUCUAGAUGUAGAUUAUAUUACAUACUAUUUAACAUGAGAAAAAUUAGAUUCCUUCACAUUUUUUGAGGACAAAAAACAUGACAACGAAAAUAAUUUUGACCCAUUUGUUAAAUCGCCUUGUGAACUUGUGCCUCGCGAGGCAAACGAUGUUCAGCUUCUAUGAAUUUGUAUGUUUUGUGAUACAUACUUCGUGAGGCAUACUCAACAUGUAAGUUCAAAUAUGGGCAUGUUUUAGACCGCCUGCAGAGAAAGGCUAAGUCCCUAUGUAUUAGCACUAAUUUAAGAUUCUAUGUUUUAAUAGCGCUAUUGGUUGUUGUUGUAUUUUAAGUACAUAUUAUGUCAGUUAGGUUAGUUUUCCAUGGUGCGGCGAGGCCAAUUGACGCUACAAGUUUUUAUUCAGGCAAGAUUGGUGCGUUAACAACUACGCUUAAUUAAACUUUGCUAUAUGCGAUAAAUAUUAAAUAUUGUAAUAAUAUACAUGCAAAUAUUGUAGUAAUCAUAAGUAUGUAUUUAAUGGAUGUUCUUUAAUGAUUCGAAAUUAAAUUAUUCUUAAUGGGAUCGGUAGAAGAUAGGUCGAUACUGUAGAUAACGAUUUAAUUCUGCAUCGCAAUACCGAUACAUUAUCCCUAUGUUUGCUCAAUCUAAUAAUAUGAGCAAAAUUGAGUUAAUUCGCGAACAGUUUGGCAAAGUGGGCAAAGUUAUCUUACGAGAGUAAAAUCAGACUAGAAUUACCGAUAUUAUCAAAAGUGGGUAAUAAUUAAUACUGUCUUACUAUUCAUAAGGGCUUGUUGCUAGGUCUACAUGAAUAAAGUAUAUUUGAACUGAACUGGGCAAAGUUAAAUUUACUACCAAAAUUGCACUUAAGAAUCACCAAUGUUGCCAGAAUACAAACGUUUACAAAUACCGCCGCGCCUUGCUUCCUACGCCAACCAGUCUUCCGACCGCCGGCGCGCACAAGUUUGGGUUAUUUAAGUGUAAGUGGUAGGCUGUCAGAAUACUAGAUAUUGUGAAAAGCAGAUGUAAUAAAAAAUGUAAUGUCAUAAUUUUAUUAGUUUAUGAGUAUGACAUAAUGAUAAUAUACCAUUGACUGUUCAAGUUUAUGGUUGAAAUAUACUUCAGUAAACACGUCAGUUUUUAAGGCAUACGUUGAACAAGAUCUCCAUUCGUAUUCAGUCAUGUAAUGUCUAAUGUGUAUAAAAAAAUCAUACAUUUUAACCAUAUAAUAUGCUAAUUAUGCAAAUAUUAUUUGCAUAAUUGGGUAAAGUUACCUUAGCAAAGUGCAAAGUUAGCGGGAAUUAUUUUUGUUGCCCAAUUAGUUCUUGAAAGCCAUUUAUAGUCAGACAAUACGUUGGCAGCGAUUUUGACCCAGACAGUUCAAGUUCAAGUGUUAUUUUAAACGUCAGACUUCUAUGAAAUUAUGACGUUUACUUAACACUUGCACAGGCUGGACUAUCAAAAUCUCUGCCAUCUUAGCUUGGUCUAACUGUAGCUGUUUAGUGUACCUUAUGCAAUAUUGUAAUAUGCAUAUACUUAAAAUAUACUUAAAUAAUUAUACUACCUACAUGCUACGGCAUGGCAGUUUUUUUUUUAAUUUCAAAAUUGACGUAAGAUUAUUUGUGAUAUUAUUACAUCUGCUUUUUUUAUAUUUCCUGUUAUGCUUGGUACGUCGUUGAAAUUGUGUAUUUAUGUGAGUAAAACUAUAAAUUAGCGGGCGGUAAGCGCCAUACGACUGAAUUGGCACUUAGAUUCAUAGUGUCAAUGUCACUCAGAUUGCCAGUGCUAAUAAGGUUUAAACUACUAAAUUAUCUCUACAGAGGGCGCUUGUCACAUACAGAUGAACGAGUGAAUGUGAGCGCAAAAUAUUAAGCUAAAAAAUAAAUAAAAAUCUUGAAGAAACUUUUUGGUCCAUCUUGCAGUUGGCGGUUCAACUUGCUGUUACGAAAAAAAAACCUACUAUGAGUAGUUUCAAAAUCUCAAUGUUACUACAUGAUUUUUUUUGCUAUGUACGUGACCUUAUCUCUCGUCCACAUAGGGUAAACCGUCUAUUACUGGCCACCUUAUACUAAAAUGGCUAAAAUAAGAAUUAUAUUUAUUUAUUUACACAAUUCAAGUAAACUAACGGACCCGGGUACGUCCUUAAACUACGUCCACAAGAGAGGUAUGGGCAUUGUGAAUGUCAUCUUGCUUUGUGUGGUAGGGCACAGCACAGCGGAUGUCAUUCCAGAUCUAGAGCAGAGCCCAACUGGGAAAGUACCUCCACCUUACAGAAAACCGCAGCCAAAUAACACUAGACCCUACUCAUAGUGUUGUGCUCCUGCCGGUGAUUAAGGUUGCCAGAGCUCAACGAGGGGGGAGGGGUGUUAGGGUCGGCAACGCACAUGUAACUCCUAUGGAGUUGCAGGCGUACAUAGGCUAUGGAGACUGCUUACCAUCAGGCGGCUGCUUGUUUGCCACCGACGUAGUAUAAAAAAAAAAACUAAAUAACUAUCGUUCUGAUGAUUAACUCAGAUUAUGUGAUUAUUAAACAAAAUCCCUUUUAGUAUAAGGUGGCCAAUAAUAGACGGUUUACCCUAUUUUGGGAUUCUGCGCCUAUUUCAUAUUAAUAACAAUCAGACAGAGGCGUAUCUGUACUAACAAACAGUGCAUUCGAACACUAUUUAUUGACCACAAUAAGAUCUGAAUCUCUUCAAGGCUAGAGUAAAUAGGUAUCUCAUAGGUAAGCGUGCUCCACCGUAGACCGCAUCAUCACUUACCAUCAGGUGUGAUCGUGGUCAAACGUCUGCCUAUCCUCCAUUAAAAAAAAAAAAGAGUAUAAUUUUCAUCCAUCUGUAGCGUAAGCCUGAUCAAAUGGCGCGAAUUAUCGUUUUCGGUGACAGUUAAUCUCUGGUUGGAUUUAAUGCUCAGAAACGCCCUCUAUGUAUUUUUAUCCUUAUUAGUACUGUCAAGUGUGAAGAAAUAUAUCGUUCAGCCGAGGCGUGGGCGUCGCUAUUCAAUACGCUUUUUACUCGUGUAUUUUUUUUCGAAAAUAAAAUUGAUGGACUGGU